AUGACUGAACAUCACGAUGGAAUAAAAGUUCUCUCCCCAGGAGCGGGAUAUGGCAUCGUCAUUGGGAUCGGUGGAGUGUUUGCAGCCAUUAUGCUGUGUAUCACAUGGCUGCAGAACCGCUAUACGCGAUUCUCUACCAAGCAGUCCGAAGAGUUCAACACCGCAUCUAGGUCUGUCAAACCAGGUCUAAUUGCUUCGGGAAUCGUUUCGUCAUGGACGUGGAGCGCAACGCUCUUAACGUCAAGCACUUUCGCCUACACUUAUGGAGUCUGUGGGCCGAUGUGGUACGCAGCAGCAGGCACCUUCCAGAUCCUGACAUUCUGCCUUAUGGCCAUCAAAAUCAAGCGUUACGCACCAGGAGCCCAUACAUUUCCGGAAAUUGUGCUGGCACGAAAUGGUUACAUUGCUCACGUCUCUUAUCUAUUCUUCGGCAUUGCAACAAACAUGCUGGUCGGUGCCUGCCUGGUGCUGGGAGGCUCACAAGUUGUGUCAGCUCUCACCGGGAUGAACGUCUACGCUGCGUGUUGGCUCAUUCCGAUAGUCGUAGCAGCAUACGUUAUCGCCGGUGGACUGAGGAGUACGUUCAUCGCGGACUACAUCCACACAAUGAUCCUCUUCACUGUCAUAUUUGUCUUUGGAUUCCUGAUGUAUGCUACGAGCGAUAUGGUGGGAUCGCCUUCGAAAUUCUACGACCUCCUGAUUGAAGCUUCCAAGAACAUGCCGAUCGCAGGGAACGCUGGCGACGGAUCAUACCUAGCCUUCCGAUCUGUCGACGGAUUGGUCUUCGCCUUCGACCUUUUUGCUGCCGGCUACAGCUGUGUGUGGCUAGAUCAAGCAUACUGGCAGAGGGCCAUCGCAUCACGUCCAGAGACGAGCGUUCGAGCAUACAUUCUAGGAGGUAUAGCUUGGUACGGCGUUCCAUUUGGUUUUGCAACAGCCAUGGGCCUGGGCUGUGCUGCGCUCACAUCCAACCCGAGCUUUCCAACCUAUCCGAACCCUCUAUCUGCAGCGCAGAACAAUGCGGGUCUCUCCGCUCCUGCCGUCACAAUCACACUUCUUGGAUCAACAGGAGCGAUUCUCAUGCUCAUUCUCCUCUUCAUGGCUGUGACGUCCAGUACCUCUGCAGAGCUGAUCGCCGUGAGCUCAUUGCUCACAUUCGACGUGUACAAGACAUAUAUCAAGCCGGAUGCUACUUCGGUCAGGCUCGUCCAGAUCUCACACUAUGGCAUCGCCAUCUACUCACUGGUGCUCGCAGCCUUCUGCUGUAUCCUCAAUGUGGUGAACCUCAACCUCACAUGGCUCCUGACUAUUCUGGCCAUCAUCGUUGGAGGCGCGUCGGUACCUGUAGGACUGGUCUUGCUUUGGGAUCGCAUGAGUUGGGUGGCAACGGUCGGUGCACCCUGGCUAGGUCUGGCAUGUGGAUUGACAGCAUGGUUUGUGACCACCUCUAAGCUUUCUGGAGAGAUCAGUGUCUCGACAAUGGCGAAUGCCAGAAACGCGCUCGCAGGCAAUUGCGUAAGCAUGGGAUCAGGUGCUCUCUGGGCCGUCGUAUUGAGCUUGAUCUUCCCGGCCAAAUACCAGAGUACAGAUUCCAGGCACAUUAAUCGUGCGAACAAGAUCGCUGGUAUUAACCCAGCGACAUCCGAGAAACCGGCCAAAUCUCAAGCAGUAUCGGAGAGCAGCGCUCAUGAUGAUCAUGCAAUGACAGGGAACGAGAUUGUGGACUUCCUCGAAUCGACCCAAAUGCGACCAAUCGACGAGAAGCUUGCGAAAGAAGGCGAACGACUUGCAUGGGGAGCUAAUAUUGUCUUUUUCAGCAUUGCCUUCAUUCUAGUCCCAUUCACGCUGUUCGGCACAGCCUACGUCUAUAGCAAGACGUUCUUCACAGGAUGGGCAAGCAUUGUCAGCUUCAUCUGGGUCUGGGCCUCGACUAUGAUAUGUGUCGUCUAUCCGGUGAUCGAAAGCACCAGCGCCUUGAAGGAAGUCAGCGUCGGGCUAUGGCGGGAUAUCAUGUCAAUGUUCGGAGUGAGGAAGCCGAACGUGCAUCUCGGCGAGCACGAGGCCUAACCAAGAAUGUCCCGAGUCAUCUUGAGCUUGUAGACGAGCUUCGCAGGUAAUCUGACUCUCGAGAAUUGCAGUAUAUAUGACUUCGUAUAGCGAAAAGUUAGAAGUCAUAGGUAUGCAACAACG